GCUUUACAAAAAAUUGGUGUUAGCAUUGUAGUUGUAGAUCAGCUUCGCAGCCACGCAAACCUGAUAGUUUGUUCUUGGGGCUGUGUCACGCGACAGUUCAGUGACACUGUUUUUGUCGACUUCCAGUUCUCUUUUGGAAAAAUUAUUUACACAAGACAAGAGAAACGAGAUUUGAGCGGUUUGCAUUAAACAUACUGAAGGAGGCAACUGAACAGCGUCUAUUUUAUCGAUUGAAGGUUUGAACUCACUUUCAAUCUGUUCUCGUCUAAAUGGCUAACAACAGGGAUGCCGAGGAGAGCACCCCUCUGUURGACUCAGCUGACAGUCCUUCACCACCAUCAGUCUUUCAGGGAAGGAGACUCGCAUGCGCCUCAGUCCUGCUUGCUGAAUCACUGGAAAGGAUUGCAUUCUACGGCAUCACGUCCAAUCUUGUUCUGUUUCUCAAUGGUACUCCUUUUUAUUGGCAAGGAACCCAGGCGAGUCAGGCACCCUUGGUGUUCAUGGGAGUAACUUACCUGAUUUCACCUUUUGGAGGCUGGUUAGCAGACGCAUACCUUGGAAAGUUCUGGACUAUCGCCUUAAGUUUAGUCCUAUAUUUUAUUGGCAUGCUGUUUUUCCCCAUUAUUUCAAACAACGACACCAGAAUACACCUAUGUGGAGAAGAGAAAGCAUUUCCAGUGCAACCUCCUGAAUGCACAAACAGCACCUUUCCCCCUAAUAUAAACUGYCCYCUCCGUGACCCUUAUUGUAGCCCAGUAAUCUAUGUUGGACUUUUCCUAAUUGCACUAGGUGUGGGCACUGUAAAGUCCAACAUCACUCCAUUUGGAGCAGAUCAGGUGAAAGACAGAGGACCCGAGGCCACUCGAAGAUUCUUUAACUGGUUCUAUUGGUGCAUCAAUCUAGGAGCCAUUCUGUCUCUGGGAGGUGUGGCCUACAUUCAGCAAAACAUAGGCUUUGAGGCUGGCUACAUCAUCCCCACUGUGUGCCUCGGCGUGUCCUUCCUGGUGUUUCUUGUCGGACGGACAGUUUUCAUCAGAAAGCCCGCUGAUGGCAGUGCCUUCUCAGAUAUGUUUAAGAUCCUAGGCUUUGCCUGUUGUUCAAAGAAACCUAAGGAGCCUAACUUGCUUUGCAACAAACCGACUCUGCUUGAUAGUGCAAAAGUGAUCUAUGGAGGAAAGUUUCCAGAGGAAAAGGUGGAGGAAGUGAAAGCUUUGAUGAAAGUCCUUCCAGUGUUCUUUGCUCUUAUUCCAUACUGGACUGUGUACUUUCAGAUGCAGACAACAUACGUCCUGCAGAGCCUCCAUCUGAGGAUUCCUGACACGGCCUCAAACAUCACAGAUGUCUCAAAUCCGAUGAAAUUCCGCUUCCCGGCUGCGUGGCUCACCAUGUUUGAUGCAGUGCUCAUCCUUAUGCUGAUUCCUCUUAAAGACAAAGUGGUGGACCCCAUUCUGAAGCGCCGCGGCCUGCUGCCCUCCUCUCUGAAGAGGAUUGCGGUGGGGAUGUUCUUUGUAAUGUCGUCAGCUGUGGCAGCAGGUAUUUUGGAGUCCAAACGUCUGGAGCUGGUCAAAUCAAAUGGUACCAUCGACCAAGUACUCGGCAAAGUCGUCUACCACGCAGCCAAUUUACCCAUAUGGUGGCAGGUGCCUCAGUAUGUACUGAUAGGAAUCAGCGAGGUCUUUGCCAGCAUUGCAGGUCUUGAAUUUGCCUAUUCUGCAGCCCCCAAGUCCAUGCAGAGUGCCAUCAUGGGGCUCUUCUUUUUCUUCUCGGGGAUCGGCUCAUUCGUGGGCUCCGGAUUGUUGGCUUUUGUCUCCCUCCCUGUAAUUGGCUGGAUGUCGUCCUCCAUAGACUUUGGUAAGUGGCAUGCCCAAAAAACAUCUAUUCCAGUUAAAACUGUGCUGUUUGGAUGUUUUUCAUAUAUCAAUAAAUGUUUUAAUGUGCUGAAUGUUGAACAAACCUAUUAAAAAUUCUCACUCUGCUGUUCCUGUCUGAACAGCAGUCUGACAGUCC